UUCUUUUGCUUGGAAUUCGAUUUAGAGCAAUGGCAAAAGUUGACAUGUCUCGAAUCAGUACUGGUUCGAACCAAACAAUGCAAAAUGGAAACAAUCCAAAUUUACCUGAAGAAUUUUACCCAGCUUGCUGGCAAGAUGACGACCGAAUGGAUAAUUUAUUUGCGCCAUUCCGUGAUAGAGCGGUGAAUCCCGUUAACUUCGAGACAAAAAUGAAAUUUUGGAAGAAUUUGAUUCAAGAAUAUUGUACAACCAAAGGCAGUCCCAACAUAUCGCUGGCAGAGCUUCGAAUGGCAUUUGAACGAAAAGGAAAGAGGCCUCAUUGUUUAAAUACUGUUUUGGAUGAGCUAUUAAGUGAAUGUUUGGCCAAAUCAAAAACACAGUUUAUGGAAACCCCGUUAACAUGGACAGGAUGGGCCGUUCAAAAAUUGGUUAAAGCACCACUUCGCUGGGGAUUUGAUAAAGUCAAAGAAAGAGUUAUUUCGAAUGCGAACAACGGCAAUUGUGAUGAAAGCUAUGAAUUUGUCAUAAUCGAAGUAGCAAAGGUCAUUUCUGAGAAAUUGUUGUUAGCCUUCAACACAGCGAAUGAAUGUCACACAAUUAUUUCACAAGAUGAUUUAAUUAAAGAACUUACAGCCGAUAAUGCAUUCAAAUUGGAUGGCAUUGAAACGGCACUCCACUAUUUACACUGUCACCAAAAAUUGUCGAUGCAAAAAACUCAAAUUGAUCAACAAGAAGUGACACUCUAUAAAUUCGCUGUUACAUGGAAGUGCAACGUAGAGCCAAUAACACCGUUAGACACGUCAAUUUACACAUUGAACAAAAUGGAAAACUCACUAACAAAAUCGGUCGAAGCCAUAGAAGUGGAUAUAUCAAGUACAGAUGCAUUAGUUAGACAAUAUAUCCGUGACAAGAAAAAACAGUUGGCAAAAAGUUUUCUUCGUAAAAAGCAUGUGCUCGAAAAGAAUCUAGUGAAAACGUCAAACGCACUAACAACAAUUCAGACACUGCUACUGCAAAUUGAUGAAACAAAGCAAAACGCAAAGAUUGUCGAGGCAUUCAAAAUGGGAACAACCACAUUGAAAAAUGCGCUUAGCGAUAAAAAUAUCACCGUGGAUAAUGUUGAAGAUGCACUUGCCGAUGUUAAAGAAAUACUCGAAACAAAUGCUGAUAUUCAGUUUGCACUGAGCGGAGCACAAUUUAAUGAUAUUAUAAACGAUGGAACUUCGGAUGAAAUGCUCGAAGCAGAACUUAUGGAUUUGCUUGAAGAUGACGAACACCUCGAUGCCAAUGCAGAACCACAAUCGAAGCAACCCAAACAAAAUAUUAACGAACACAGACGCAAUCCAUCGAAUGGACUUUCCAAACCAAAUUCACCAACAACAAUAACCAAUGUUAUCGAUGAAUUAUUGGAAGAACGACUCAAUAAAUUAAAAUUGGAUUCAUUCAAGUUUGAUUCGAAUGAUAAUCCAAAUAUAAAAGUGUACAACAUUUCCACACCACAAAAUAUUGGAUUGUAGACGAUUUCUAUGCGAUUGUGUGUUGAGCAAAUUUUAUACUAAAUUUCCGAAACGCCAAUCAAUGUGUAUGUGUGUGUUUUUUUAAAUUUGAAAAAAUGAAAUAAAAUAAAACCAAUUGUGUUUUCUGAUUAUUUGGGCCAA